UCCCGAUUGUCUUCUUCUCUACAUCCGCGCCCAUUGCUCCAAUCAUGUCUGACUCCGUCUGGCUGUUCGGUCCGACCUCCCACACAGUCUACCUCGACUCGGACGGGGAACUGUACGGCGAUCCGCUGUCCGGGACAGUCCACGUCUCCUGCGAGAUCUCCUCGCUACAGUCCCUACAAAUUGCUCUCGUCCGGACUGUUCGACUCCGUACAAAUGCAUCCAUAUCAUCUAGAAAGAACUCUCUCAAAUCCCGUCUGUCAUGGCGGAAAUCUACACCCAUCCCCAACACGCUACCCACGUCAUCCUCGUUUGUGCAAGACGUCAUCCGGUGCAACCUGUCAACCACCCCGAGCUCGUCGACUAUCCAUCCCGACGGCAUUGUCACCCACGACUUCGACUUUUGUCUCGCCUCCCCCGUUCACACCCCGGAGACCAUCCCGUCUGGCACGCUCGAAGUCUCCUACGAAUUGCUCGCUUCGGCCACUCUACAGAAUGACGACAUCCUCACCAACUCUCAACCCGUGCAGCUCAUCUGUCGCCGCUUUCCCGAUCCCUGGGACAUUGCGACGCAUUCACGUAGCUUCCCAGGCUCUACAAUGAAGGCCGAGUUUACCGUCUCGCCUCAACUAGCCGGAUCGGGCCAAUGCACCCGCUACUCGACCGAUAUUCAAUUGCGAAACAUUGCCACGCCUGGUACCAGACAGUCUGAACUGACACUCCUCGUCGUGGAGGUUCUAUCAUGGCAUCUUGAUGAGAUCAUCACCUGGGACGCCAAAAACUCCGAACCCACCACGACGCACCGCCAGACUCUAGCUCGCGGGACUAAGAAGGGCCGCUGGACAGCUCUCCGAAAGGCACGAGCUCCGUUGUCUGAACAACUCAUCAAAGACAUGAAUAUUGCCAUUCCGUUGGAAAUUAGCAUUCCGAAAGACGUCAAGGCGAUCAACGAUCUCGACAUUGACGCCAGCACAUCCGGUUCUAACGCUCCGUCUCUUACCGUCCGGCACCAGUUGAUGGUCGAGAUGGUCACGGGCACAGAGACCGUCAGUCGUGAUAACGGAUCUCUCGUAGCGCGACGAAACUCCGUCCGAGGCUUUGGGGCUACGAUUCCAGUGCCGUUACAUUCGUAUGCGAACACGACCGACGUGAUGAGGAUGCUGGAGGGGGCAGAUUUUGGUCUGCUACCAGGCUACGAGAACGUGGCGAUAGCACCGCCAGAGUAUAGGGAGGUGGUUGGGCCGGUAUAGAGCAGAUAUGGGUCUAAAUACUUAGUAAAUAGUAAUGUUUAUGUAUCUAAUAGUACGAAUUAUGAAGAAAAAGUUGGUUUCUACUC